AUGGUGAACUUUCAAGCCUUAACCGUGGCUGCAGCCGGUCUGUUGCUGCUCCCCUCGUCUCAGGCCGCUGGUCUCUAUACCAAGAACUCGGGCGUUCUCAACCUCGAUGCUAGAAGCUACCGUUCUUUGAUCGCCAACUCUAACCACACUUCCGUAANNGUUGUUUUCACUGAUUGUUCUGUCCGCCCUCUCGCUGACAAAAUCAUAGAUCGUCGAGUAAGUUAUAUUUCUGCAAAACAUCAUUUCGCUCAAUCUCAUUCAUCUCUCAGGUUCUACGCUCCAUGGUGUGGUCAUUGCCAGAACCUCAAACCCGCCUAUGAAAAGGCUGCCAAAUCUCUCGAUGGCAUUGCCAAGGUCGCUGCUGUCAACUGCGAUGAAGAAGAAAACAAGGCUUUCUGUGGUAGCAUGGAUGUCAAGGGCUUCCCUACCUUGAAGAUUGUCCGUCCUGGAAAGAAGGCCGGUAGACCCACAGUCGAGGACUACCAGGGCCCUAGAACCGCAAAGGGCAUCGUCGAAUCUGUCAAGGACAAGAUUCCCAGCCAUGUCAAGAGAGUGACAGACAAGGAUCUUGAUGGCUGGCUAACCGAGAACAACUCUUCGGCCAAGGCCAUCCUCUUCAGCGAAAAGGGUGUUACCAGUGCCCUCCUCAAGGCCGUGGCCAUUGACUUCUUGGGUUCCAUCUCGGUCGCUCAGAUCAGAAGCAAGGAAGCAGCCGCUGUUUCUCUCUUCGGCGUUACCUCGUAUCCCACUCUUGUACUGCUUCCUGGUGGCACCAAGGAUCCCGUUGUCUACUCUGGCGAGAUGAACAAGGCUGCCAUCGUCGAGUUCCUGUCGCAGGCUGCUACUCCCAACCCUGAUCCCGCUCCUGCUUCUUCGUCCAAGUCCAAGUCCAAAUCAUCAUCAAAGGACUCUAAGAAGUCCUCAAAAGCCUCGUCCCAAUUCUCGAAGGCGUCGUCUUCUCAUCGCUCUGAUGAGUCUGCCAGCAUCAAAGCCUCGCAGACUGCAGAGAUUCUCGAGAACGACAGCAACCCUACUGAGAGCCCUAACCCUCAAGUCGUCACCGAUGACACUCAGAAGCCAAUUCAGGUCCCUGAUGUGGCUCCUCAAAUCUCCACCCUCGAUACUCCUGAGUCCCUGCAGCAGAAGUGUUUGACAUCCAAGUCUGGUGUUUGCAUCUUGCUCCUUGCUCCAUCUGCUUUCAUCCAGACCACAGACUCACCCGUCUCCAAGGCCGUCAGUGCUUUGUCUGAGAUUCACCACAAGCAUACCAAGCGUGGCGCGAAGAUGUUCCCCUUCCACAACGUACCAGCAUCCGCGUCUUCCGAAUUGCGCUCAGCACUGGGUCUGUCCGACGACUCGCUCGAGAUUGUCGCAGUCAACGCAAAGAAGGCUUGGGUCAAGCGCUACUCGGGUAUCUCUGAUAUCAGCUACAAUGCUAUCGACGCUUGGGUUGACUCAAUCCGCAUGGGUGAAGGCAAGAAGGAGAAGCUCGCCGAGAGUGUCAUUGUCGAAGCUGCUGAGAAGCAAACUCCACCUGCCGCCGAGAAGGAAACCCCACCCGCUGCUGAGAAGCCCGAGGAGAAGGUCGAUGUUCAGAUGGAGGAACUCACUGAUGAGCAGUAUGAGCAACUGAUGAAUGCUCACAAGCUCAAGCCCCUCAAGCCCGAGGAAUCGGCUGCUCACGACGAGCUUUAG